AUGAAGGUUCAGGCAUUGACGUUGGCGGCCAGCGGGCUGCUGUCUGGCGUGGCUGCGACCAUUGUACCAGCGAAGGCCGCUACAGUUGGACGUGCGCUUGAAUAUGUGGUCAAACCCAAGAUGUUCAUCGUGUCCAUGUUUGACCCUGAAGCCGAAGUGUGGUACGGCAUUGAGGAGUUCGAUAUCCUCGCCAGAAACAUCACUGUGCCGGGACUGUCGCCGCUCUUCCCAGACGUCCACUGCACGGAAGACGGGGACGUUUGCCAGCUGACCAUCGGAGAGAGCGAGAUCAAUGCUGCAACUUCGAUUGCUUCGCUCGUGCGCUCCCCUCGCUUCGAUCUUACUACGACUUACUGGAUGAUCGCCGGUAUUGCGGGUGUGAAUCCGGAAGUUGCCACCAUUUGCUCUGCAACUUUUUCGAGAUAUGCUGUUCAGGUGGCUUUGCAGUAUGAGUUUGAUCCAAGAGAGAUCCCUGCCAACUUCAGCACUGGAUACAUUCCAUUGGGAAGCCAUGCUCCAGAUGAGUAUCCUCAAUCAAUUUACGGCACCGAGGUCUUUGAAGUCAAUCAAAACCUUCAGAAGAUCGCAGCCAACUUCGCCCGCAAGGCCACCUUGAAUGACAGCGCCGAUGCUGUAGCCUACAGAGCCCAGUAUAAUGCUUCAUCUGCGUACGCUGCUGGUGCUCAGCCUCCGUCGGUCGUUGAAUGCGAUGUCGCCACUUCGGAUGUGUAUUACAGCGGUGCUCUGCUGUCUACUGCCUUCGGCAACUUCACUAAGCUUCUUACCAAUGGCACUGGAAACUACUGCACGACCGCACAAGAAGACAACGCGACUCUGGAGGCUUUGCUCCGUGCUGCCGUGAAGAAGACCGUCGACUUCUCCCGAAUCAUCGUCAUGCGCACCGCCAGCGACUUCGACCGCCCAUGGCCAGGGGAGGCCGCUACCACCAACCUCUGGUGGGCCGAGCAGGGUGCUUUCGAGCCAGCAGUCAUGAACAUCUACUUAGCCGGCAUCGAGGUCGUCGAGGGGAUCUUGGACGGCUGGAACACCACCUUCGCAAAGGGCGUGAACGCCACGAACUACAUUGGCGACAUCUUCGGAACUCUGGGUGGCACGCCUGACUUUGGUCCUUACAACUACAACAACAACCCCGUCAAGAAGCGCGAUGUCAAGGCGAAGAAGGGUAAGCGCAGCGCCAUCAAGGUGGCUCGCAAGCUAUAA